GCGCAUUGGAUUUACUCUUGCUUCUAACAAGACUUGCACGCUACAAUGUUACGAUUGGUCGUCUUUCUUUUUUUGUCUCCCAUCUCUCCACUUGAACUUCCUAAAGGCGUACCGUUUUCGAGGUCAACAUUUUAUCACAUCGGAAGGCCGUUUACGUGUAUCGACGGCUCAGCAACUAUCGCUUGGCAUAAAGUGAACGAUGAUUCAUGCGAUUGCUCAGAUGGAUCUGACGAGCCAGGAACGCCUGCUUGCGAAAAUGGACUGUUUUUUUGCAGUGACGUGCAAUACAAAUCAGUGUCCUUAUCUUCGGCUUUUGUGAAUGACGGAUAUUGUGAUUGUUGCGACGGUAGCGAUGAAUACAACAGCACGGUAACCUGUGAAUCGACAUGCGGCUGGUCGAGGAAGCUGAUUCCCAAGGCGCGCGUGUUCGUCGCCAGUCGUGCUUGGGACAGAUCCUGCGAGCGUGUUGCCAAGGCCCAGCCGAAUGCUGAUGAAAUCGCGCAUCAGACAGCAGGCGUGUUGCCAAGGUCUGACCGGAAUCUGAUGAAAUCGCGCGUCAGUCAUCACGUACGUUACCAUGCCCUGGGUAGGCGCAUGAAGACUGGCGUGCCUGAGCAAGACGAUGAACUGACCAGACGGAGCGGGCAAUCAAGUGUGAAGCAUGGGCGUAUAGCCAAAUCCGCCAGGCGAUGUUUAGAGGAUAGUGUUUUGGCCGCUGCUGUUCGUGAAGCUCGUUCAAUCAAAAGAAAUGAGAUAGAACAAGGACACAAAAUAGUGAAAGAAUAUGUCGAAAAGCUGAGGGUUCGCAGAGAGGAGGAGCGCAUCAAAGCCGAGAAGCUAGCGGAAGAAUGUGCACAGCUGGAAAGGUUACGAGAAGAACGUAUGGCACAAGAGGAAGCAAAGAAAAAGCUUGAUGAUGAAGACCGCGAUGUGCCCGAGGAAAAUGUACAACAUGUACUAGAAGAGGAGAAAAGCACUCAAGAUACAGGGAUACCUGCAGCAUCCGCGCCUGUGGAUGGUGACACUGCUUUUGUCGAGAAGCCGAUCGCGGAUUAUGUUGAGCAGAUCCCCGCCUCGCCUCUCGACGAGCCUCCUCUUCACGGGUUGUCAGAUGACACGUACCCGGAUCCACACAGUGUUGAGAACCUAUCCAGUGACGAUUCCUCCCAUCCUACUGACCCGCCAGCUGAAGAUCCCUUACUUAAAGCUUGCGAAAAACUUAAAACACCACCUACCCCUAUCGACUAUGGUCCCGAAGAGGCGUUUUACAUGCUGGUCGAUUUACCUGAUUGUUUAAAGUUCAACAGUGCGCAAUAUACCUACGAAUUCUGUGCUUUCAAAGAAAUUCUCCAGAGCGACCUCGCUCAUGGUUCCAAUCGUAUUUCGUUGGGCCAAUGGGACAGUUGGACAUAUGCCGAAGAUGAUAUCUUGAAAGAAAAUAAAUACGGUGUUAUGUUAUUCAAACAGGGGUUAUCUUGUUGGAAUGGUCCAACGCGAUCUGUCAAGGUGUAUGUUCACUGUGGCCCGAGGAACGAGAUAAUCGCAGUCGCCGAGCCGUCACGGUGCGAAUACGAAAUGCACUUGCGCACACCAGCCGCAUGCUACGAGGAUCCGGAGGUGAUUUUGAAACGACUGCACCCGGAUGACCCGCAACAGUCAUUGUGAAUGAAAUCGUUACUUUGCUGCUUUUGUUAUACUUCAUUUCCGUCUUCUCCACCUUUUGUCACGGUUUCUGUUGGUCUGUCGCUGUACUGGCCAAUAGAGUAACCCGUACUUGUUUUUUGACCUACUCACUUAAGAGUCUCCUCGCAACUCGGAUACUCUGAAUACUCAAACGGCCGUGAGCUAUCCGACUCAACGAUUCCUCCAUUUGCCUUUUCCUCUUUUGCUCGUCUGCGUGCUAUCGCAUUCUACUAGGAUUCUCAAUUAAACAACCGGUGCAUAAUAUGAA